AACAUGCUUGAUUCUUUAUAACAGAUAAUUUAUUUGGAAAAAUUGUAUGAGAAAACACAGGAUUUCCCAGGGACAAUGAAGCAAUUUGUUAAAGCGGAAGCGAGAAACCACAAAGUCGUGAAAAGGGAAUUAAGAAUUUAAAUAAUUUCUUAGAGAUUGGAUAAAUUACAUUCCAUGGUAUUACACAAGCUUUGGCUUCUCUCUCUGGAGGAGUCCCUUCCCACAAACACUGUCAUAUCAUUUCUUUCAGAUUCUGAGACUCCAGCAGGAUGUCUUACCAACAGCAGCAGUGCAAGCAGCCCUGCCAGCCACCUCCUGUGUGCCCCACGCCAAAGUACCCAGAGCCAUGUCCACCCCCAAAGUGCCCUGAGCCCUGCCCACCACCAAAGUGUCCAGAGCCCUGCCCACCUCAGCAGUGCCAGCAGAAAUGUCCUCCGGUGACACCUUUCCCACCCUGCCAGCCAAAGUGUCCACCCAAGAGCAAGUAACAGCUUCAGGAUUCAUCAGGACCAUGAAAGGAUAAGGAUAUUUGGCUCACCUCGUUCCACAGCUCCAGCU